AAAUCUAGAGGAGAAAAUUGAGCAAUAAAUUCAUCAUCAUCUUUGACGCAUUAUAUUUCCUUCUUCUUCUUCUUCUUUUUUGUCAACUAUAUUUCCACCGAACCCUUUUUGUUGCUGAUUGUGAUCCAUACAUACCCACAUGGCUAACAUUCCCAUUUCAGAUGGUUUGAAAGACUUAACCUUGCAUUCAAAUGGGAGCCCGGAGACAACAGGUUCACUUGUUGUAUGUUUUGGUGAAAUGUUGAUCGACUUCGUGCCUUCAGUUUCUGGAGUUUCGCUUGCAGAAGCACCUGCCUUCCAGAAAGCUCCUGGUGGUGCUCCAGCUAACGUUGCUGUUGGUAUAGCGAGAUUAGGUGGUUCUUCAGCUUUCAUAGGCAAGGUAGGAGAUGAUGAAUUUGGUCACAUGUUAGCUGACAUUUUGAAGAAAAACAAAGUCAACAACUCGGGCAUGCGAUUUGACCAAAAUGCAAGAACAGCACUUGCUUUUGUGACUCUCAGAUCUGAUGGAGAGAGGGAAUUUAUGUUUUUCCGGAAUCCUAGUGCUGAUAUGCUUCUUCAUGAAUCAGAACUUGAUGUGGAUCUUAUCAAGCAGGCAAGUAUAUUCCAUUAUGGUUCUAUUAGUUUAAUAGAGGAGCCAUGCAAAUCAACACAUUUAGCUGCAAUGGCCAUCGCAAAGAAAUCUGGUAGCCUACUCUCAUAUGAUGUGAAUUUGAGAUUACCAUUAUGGCCAUCAGAGGAUGCAGCUAGAGAGGGCAUCAUGAGCAUAUGGGAUCAAGCAGAUGUCAUCAAGGUAAGUGAGGAUGAAAUCACUUUUUUGACUGGAGGUGACGAUCCAUAUGAUGAUAACGUGGUGUUGAAUAAGCUUUUUCAUCCCGGUCUUAAGCUUUUGCUUGUAAGUGAAGGGCCAGAUGGAUGUAGAUAUUAUACACAAAAAUUUAAGGGCCGAGUUCCUGGUGUUAAAGUAAAGCCUGUUGAUACUACUGGUGCUGGAGAUGCCUUUGUUGGUGGAAUUUUGAGCAUCUUUGCUUCAGAUACAAAUCUUUAUAAGGAUGAGACUAAACUAAGGAAAGCGCUUCUCUUUGCCAACGCCUGCGGGGCCCUAGUCGUAACCAAGAAAGGAGCAAUUCCAGCCUUGCCCACAAACGACGAAGUUCAUAAAAUCUUGAAACAUCACACAUGAUAGCUGACAAACAACUCGGAGUUUCUGAUAUAUUCAUUUCUUUCUGUUAAUAAGACGAUCUUUUUUCUUUUUCUGAAACGGGCCGUAAAAAGGUUAUAUGAAUCAAAGCCUGAAAUGUACAAGUCUUAUGCGCAUGGAGAUAUACAAUGUAGCGGUUUUUAGUUGUACACUGAAGAUGGGAAUGCUGCUUUUUUUUUUUUUUGAUUUGUAUUACGAGUACAUUUUUCAGCCAUAGAUGGAAUCUGUACUUUGUACCAGUAUAUCAACACUGUUGGUAAAGAAAAGAAACUGUCUUCUUCAUGACCUGUUUGGUCCGUUUGUAGCGAAACUUUGACCGAUGAAAAUGUAUUCAAUAAGCUUUUAUCAA